GCAUAGCAACGGAUGGGCGGGGCCACGGAGCGCGUAGCAACGGGAGGGCGGGACCAAUGAGCGCAGAGCGGCGGCGGGGCGGGGCCGCCGGCUUCCGGUCACGUGAGGCGGGCGGCUGAAGCCGCGGUGAGGCGGCGCCAUGGCGGCCGCGUCCGAGACCGAGCGGCUGCUGAGCCGCGGGCCCGGUUACGGCGCGACGGAGGCCCCGGUGGCGGCGGCGGAGGAGGAGGAGGAGGAGGAGGAGGAGGAGGAGGAGGAGGAGGAGCUGCGGCGCCGCCUGAAGUAUUUCUUCAUGAGCCCCUGCGACAAGUACCGGGCCCGGGGCAGGCGGCCCGUGAAGCUGGGGCUGCAGCUGGCCAAGAUCCUGCUGGUCACCGUGCAGCUCAUCCUCUUCGGGCUCAGCAACCAGAUGGUGGUGACGUUCAAGGAGGAGAACACCGUCACCUUCAAGCACCUCUUCCUCAAGGACUACGUGGACGGCGCCGGUGACUCCUACGCCGUCUACACCCAGCGCGACCUCUACGACCACGUCUUUUACACCGUGGAGAAGUACCUGGCCAUCCCCAACGAGACCAUCGGCCGCUACGCCUACGUGCGAGGGGAGAGCGGGGGCAACCAGUCGGCCCUCAUGCUGUGCCAGCAGUACUACCGCAAAGGGCGCAUCGACCCCGCCAACGACACCUUCAACAUCGACCCCAAGAUCGUCACCGACUGCCUGGGAGUGGACCCCGAGGACACGCACCCGCUGCCCCCGGAGCUGGACCGCAGCUACAAGAAUUUCACCCUCAAAUUCCACAAGCUCAUCAACGUCACCAUCCAGUUCAAGCUGAAGGCCAUCAACAUCCAGACCAUCAUCAACAACGAGAUCCCGGACUGCUACACCUUCACCAUCACCAUCACGUUUGACAACAAGGCGCACAGCGGCCGGGUGAAAAUCCGCCUCGACAACCGGGCUGACAUCAAGGAGUGCAAAGAUCCCAGCAUUUUCGGCAGGGGUGACAACUCCUUUCGGCUCUUCUUCGACGUGGUGGUGAUCCUGGUCUGCUCCCUCUCCUUCAUCCUCUGCGCUCGCUCCAUCAUCCGGGGCCUGCUGCUGCAGCACGAAUUCAGCCGGUUUCUUCAGCGCCGCUACGGCCAGAGCGUGUGCCUGUCGGACCGCAUGGAGUUCCUCAACGGCUGGUACAUCCUGCUCGUCAUCAGCGACGUGCUCACCGUGCUGGGCACCAUCAUGAAGAUCGGCAUCGAGUCCAAGAACUUUGCCGGCUACGACGUCUGCAGCAUCCUCCUGGGCACCUCCACGCUGCUGGUCUGGGUCGGGGUCAUUCGCUACCUCACCUUCUUCCAGAAGUACAACAUUCUCAUCGUGACGCUGCGGGUGGCCCUCCCCAACGUCAUCCGCUUCUGCUGCUGCGUGGCCGUCAUCUACCUGGGCUACUGCUUCUGCGGCUGGAUCGUGCUGGGACCCUACCACGUCAAGUUCCGCUCCCUCUCCAUGGUGUCCGAGUGCCUCUUCUCCCUCAUCAACGGGGACGACAUGUUCGUCACCUUUGCCGAGAUGCAGCAGAACAGCUACCUGGUGUGGCUCUUCAGCCAGAUCUACCUCUACACCUUCAUCAGCCUCUUCAUCUACAUGGUCCUCAGCCUCUUCAUCGCCCUCAUCACCGGCUCCUACGAGACCAUAAAGCACCAGUGCGAGGGCGAACCCCCCGUGUCCCAGCUCCACGCCUACAUCGCCGAGUGCAAGGACAGCCCCAAGUCGGGCAAGUACCGCCGCGGCAGCGCCUCGUCCUGCUCCGUCUUCUGCUGCUGUGAACGGGCUCCUCUGCAGGACAACGCGAUGCUGGUGAACUGAGGUUGGCUCCCAGGGACUCGCAGCACUUUGUGCUCCCAGCGGCCUCGAGCCCUUUUAUUAUUUUACCGUCUGCUUUUACCGACUGGGGGCUUGGCAGCAGCCCCCAAAGGAGCAGGGAUCAACGGCGCCCGUGUGCCCACGGACACCCCACAGGUGACGGGGAGAGCAGACGGAUGCUCGUCCCAUUUUAUUUUUGGCAGGGGCCGUGCCUCUGCGCUCCCAGUCCCCAACUGGAGGCCAGCAGCAACGCGGGGGCUCGCUUGCAGCCCCUCAGCUGUAAUUUGGGGGCUCAGCCCCGAGCCCUGCAGCCCCUGGGCUGUGUCGUGGACUUCUCCCUGCUCUCAGCACUGAGCCCAGCUGCCCCUUGGCCACGUUUUGGGACAAAUCCUUGGGCUCUGUCCCAAACCCCCGCAGCCCUUUGGCUGCCUUGGGGGCUUUGUUCUCAUCCUGGCUUCCCUUUGGCUGCGUAAAGGACAUUUUGGGGGGUUUGUCCCUAAGCCUCACGGUGAAGCAUUUGUCCCUGCAGCCCCUUGGUGACACCGAGGACGUGUCCCUGCUCUCAGUCCUGAGCCCUGCAGCCCCUCAGCACCACCAGGCUCCUGUUUGGGAUUGCAGCCUGGAUCCCAACACCCCUGGGGGACUUAUCCCUGUCCUCACCUCCCCGUUACCCAUUUUGGGGUCCCAGGAGCCCCCUUCCCAGCUCCAAGCAGAGGGCCAGGAGCCGCGCCGUGUCCCCGUGCCCCAGCUCCCGGCCUCCUCCUGUCCCUGGGGCUGGGAUUUUGGCACCCGCCGCUUGUUUACGCGGCGCCGGCCGGGUCAAGGGCAGGUUUUGUAAGCGGCCCAGCAGCUGCUCCCCGCUGGAGCGGGGCCAGGGGCCUGCUGGCUCCAGGCACGGCCCGAAAAAAGGCUGAAUUCAACCCAAAUCGCGGCCCGGUGGCGAUGGCGGCACUGAAGGGGUGAAUAAAGCACCCGGGGACA